AUGAGUUCACAGAGUGGUCAGAUUGUUCAAUACAAGGAUGUUUUGAAACUUAUGAAGAAGAAGCUCCAAAUUGCCGAAACCCAGACCACUGAAAUAAAAAGCAAAUAUGAUGCACUGGAGGCAACCAUGAUUGGGUUUUUGGAGUACGUGACGAAACCGUUUAGUGAAAGCAAUCCACAGCCGGACUUAACGAGUGUGGCUCUGCGUUGUUGGUGGGACGUGAAAAAGGAGGGACUGUUUUUAGAAGAAAAAAAGACGGCAUCGCUUGAUUCGGUAUCUCAGCUGGAUUCGAAUGCUGCUGCUUGCCAGUCCCGCAUUGUGGAACUGACCGCAGAUAUCCAAAAGAUCGAAUUCGAGAAGCGCGAUCUUGAGUACAACCUGGAUAAACGUAACACAGACUACAAAUCGAUGUGUCAAGAGCAUGAGCAACUCCAAUCCGAGUACAACAAAACGCAAAAGCAACUCGAGGAAUCCACUGCUCGAGUCAGCGAGCUGGAAGCCAUCAUUUCGGCCGCUCGCAACCAAAUCACCUCUCUUUUCAUCUCCAUCUCGCAAUAUCUGGACGUGAACAGCGAGCGCGAGGACGAAAUCAAGCCUCUCCUCUACGCAGCCAUCCGCCAAAUCUUCCCUUCCUCGCUCUCCCAAUCCGCCGAAUCCUCCCUGGACUCUUCGAUCGACGACGCAGCCGAGGCCCCCAACGAAUCCUCCACGGAGAGCUCCACAAACGAAGUGGAACUAAUGCUCCUCAGCACGGUGGACAAAAUCAGCCUUCUCAAAUCUCGCUACCACGCCAUUCAGCAAGAAAUCGCCAUCAAAUCCGACUCCCUCGCCUCGCAGAGCCAGCAAAUCGCCGAUCUCCUCGCCGUCUCCGACCAGGAUCGCGCCACCAUCGCGAAGCUCCGCCUGGCGUUGGAGAAAGCGCAGAGCAGCACGCCCUCCAGCGUAGCGGCGGCGCAAACCGACCGCGAUUCGCAGCUCAGCGAGCUGGAGAAGACGAACAGCGCGCUGCGCGCGGCGCUGCAGUCGAUGAAAGCGAGCGUCGAGCAGCAGCAGCGACAGGUGAACGAGAGCGAGGCGCGCAUGGUGCAGAUGCAGAACGAGUUGGUGGAAGAGAGCGCGAGCGAGGCCGCUGCGCUGCACGUGCUUCUAGAACAAACCACGAAGCAGUACGAUCAGGAAUUGACGGUGCUGCGCGAGCGGAAAUACGCCGUGGAGCAGCAAGUGACGGUGUCGGAGCGGUUCUUGGACAGCUCGAACCGAGCGCAUCGCGAGGAGCUCAGCAAAUUGACCGUGUCGCUGCAGGAGGCGCAGAAGGAGUGCGACGCGCUGCGGAUUCAGAUCAUGGAGAAGGAAAGCGAGCUGCGCACGGCGGUGGACAAUUACGAAUCGCUCCGCGUGCAGGCAACGGAGCAAAUGAAGGAAGUCACGCACCAGAUGAUGGAGAUGAAGGCGCGAAUGAAGGAGGAGAAGGAGAAGUUCGAUCGGGAAAAGGAAUCGCUGCAGCUCUCGGAGCACAACAUGCACUCGGUUAUCGCAGAGAAAGUGUCGGCCGCGGAGCAGAAGCAGAAGGAAAGCGCGCGCGAGCAGCAGCGGCAGUUCGAGGAGGAGGUGGGAGAGAAGGAGAGCGGAUGA